GUUAAAGUCCGAGGCGGGCGCAGAGCAGCACCACACCGGCUUCAGGCUGGCGCGCGUGGCCACUCGGGAGGACAUGAGUGAGAAACGGGCCGCCGAGCCCGGCCCGAGCCAGGUCGGGAAGAAGAGAAAGAAAGAGGUGAAGGCGGAGAUGUCGCAUGCGGUCACGGAAGAGACCUUGAAAAGGCAGAUGGCCGAGGCCUGGAGUAGCAGGACGCCGUUCCGCCACGAUGCUAUUGUCAUGGACAUGGACCCUUUCCUUCACUGUGUGAUCCCAAAUUUCAUCCAAAACCAAAACUUGGUGGAAGAGCUGCAGAAAGAACUUUUGAACUUGAACUUCCAUGAAAAGUGUAAUGAUCUGUAUAAGUUCCAUCAGUCUGAUGAUUUGAAGAAGAGAAGAGAACCUCACAUCUGUGCUUUAAGGAAAAUUCUAUAUGAAGAUUUCCGAACCUGGAUUUCUGACAUUUCUAAGAUGGACCUGGAAUCAACCAUUGACAUGUCCUGUGCUAAAUAUGAAUUUUCAGAUGCCCUGCUCUGCCAUGAUGAUGAGCUGGAAGGGCGGCGGAUCGCCUUCAUUCUUUACCUGGUUCCGCCCUGGGACCGAAGCUUGGGGGGCACCCUGGAUCUAUACAGUGUGGAUGAGCACUUUCAGCCGAAGCAGAUUGUCAAGUCUCUAGUCCCUUCAUGGAACACAUUGGUUUUCUUUGAAGUGUCUCCAGUAUCCUUCCACCAGGUGUCUGAAGUCCUCUCUGAAGAAAAGUCUCGUUUGUCCAUAAGUGGCUGGUUUCACGGUCCUUCAAUAACCAGACCUCCCAUGUACUUGGAGCCUCUCCUACCUCGGAGUCCUCACAUUCCUCAAGAUCAUGAAAUCUUGUAUGAGUGGAUCAACCCUACUUACCUGGACAUGGAUUACCAAAUUCAGAUUCAAGAAGAGUUUCAAGAAAGUUCCGAAAUUCUCCUCAAGGAGUUCCUUAAGCCUGAGAAAUUUGCCAAGGUCUGUGAGGCUUUGGAGAAAGGAGAUGUGAAGUGGAACAGCCGGGGUCCCCCCAAUAAAAGGUUCUAUGACAAAGCUGAGGAGAGCAAGCUUCCCGACAUACUGAAGGACUGCAUGGUGUUAUUCCGCUCCGAGGCAUUCUUCCUGCUGCUUUCCAACUUCACAGGUCUGAGACUUCACUUCCUGGCACCAUCCGAAGAUGAGACUGAGGACAAGAAAGUGGGAGAAGCUGCCACAGUUUCAGCUGACAUUGAAGAAGGUACUAGCCAUAGUUCCUUGGAGCCAGAGGCGGAUCCAGUGGCCGGUGGCAGCAGCAGCCCGCAGAGUGGGGAACAGAGCACCCCGGACCCAGGGGAGGUCACAGAAGAGGACGCAGCAAAGGAAGGAUCCAGUGUUCCCAUGUGCCACGGAGAGUUGAGGGGUUGGAAGACUGGUCACUAUACACUAAUCUAUGACAACAUCAAGACUGAAUUUGCCCUGGACUUACUUUUCUACUGUGGUUGUGAAGGCUGGGAUCCAGAGUUUGGAGGUUUUACUUGCUACAUUGCCAAAGGUGAAGACGAAGAGCUGCUAACAGUGAAUCCAGAAAGCAAUUCUUUGGCAUUGGUCUACAGAGAUAAAGAGACACUGAAAUUUGUCAAGCACAUUAACCAUCGAAGCCUAGAACAAAAGAAAACCAUCCCCAACAGAACAGGUUUCUGGGACUUUUCAUUUGUUUAUUAUGAAUGACGAGACAGGGCAGAGUGGAAAGAAGCCCUUCGUCAUGCUGGGCCGCCUGGAAGAGCACGGCAGGAAGAGAAGCAUUGCUGCAGAGGGUGUGCGGCCGGGCCUCGGCCUCUGCACCUGCAGCUCAGCCAAGGCUGAGAACGGACUGGCAUCUGAGCCCUGCUCUCUGGAAGGCAGCAGGACUUUUUCAACCAGUGGGAAAUUUCUACAGGCCAGCAAUCGAGGACCACUGGCCUUGCGACAAUGUUUCUAGAACUGUGUGUGGCUGUCCGUUAGUAAAACUCACCAUGAUUGUCCAUAAUCUAGACGUAGCACUUGGAGCUAGAGACUUACUCAGAUUAAAAGGGGCAAAAGGGAUUUUUUUUUUUGUCUUUGAGUUCAUUGUCCAUAUCACAUUUUUCUGUAUAUUCAUUUUGUUCUGCAUGCAACCUUCUCCGGCAUUGAUCACAAUUUUUCUUUCCAAAUUUCUUUUGGAAAGAAAAACUUUUCUUGCCAGACUUUUUUCCAACUUUCUUUUCCAAAUCAUUGUCCCUAAUAGACAAUGAUUCCCCAUUUUUCUCUCUCCUCCCCCACAUCAUCUCUCAAUUUUUUUGUUUAAACUUUACACCCAUUGGUAAAAAGACUCAACCAAUAAGGUCAAUAUAUAGCUAUUUAUAUAAAUUUUGCACAGACUAUAAAACAGAGGAUGAAAUAUAAAAUACAGCUAUUUCUAUUUUUUUCCAGUACCUACAUGGUAGUGGAGUAUUUUACAUGAUCCCAAUAUGGAAACAGCUUUUUUUUCCUUUUUGGGUCACACCUGGCGAUGCACAGGGAUUACUCCCGGCUCUGCACUCAGGAAUCACCCCUGGCGGUGCUCAGGGGACCAUGUGGGAUGCUGGGAAUCGAACCUGGGUCGGCCGAGUGCAGGUCAAACACCCUAUCCUUUGUCCUCUUGCUCCAACCCGGAAACAGCUUUUUAACCUUAGGAUAGUGAUACCCAACUUUAUUACUGAUGUUUUAAAUUCAGAGUUAGCCUCUUCAGUUCAUGAAGAACUUCAAAAGUUAAUUUCUGGCGUCAGGGAGUAAUAGUAUAGCAGAUAGGGAGCUUGCCUUACACAUGGGUAACCCAGAUUCAAUCCCUGGAAACCCCAUAUGAUUCCCAAGCCCCACCAGGUGUUCAGAGCCAGGAGUAGUAAGCCCUGAGCACUGCUGGGUGUGGCCCCAAAUAAAUAAAAAGUUAUUCGCAGUACUAUUACUUUUAUUCACUUGGUUCUAAUUAACACCCUCCUGUGGCAUAACCCAGUGGCAAUGUGAAAGCCGGGAAUGUAAAAGCAUCUUGUGUGCCACGCAGUUUGAGGUUCAUAUUUAAUAAAAUCCAAGAUACUAAACUUGUCUAAUUCAGGAGCACUGAGUCUGAAUUUUAGCAUAAUACACAAGUUUAUAUUUUGUUAAGUGCUUAUUAGCGUCUCCUUAAUCUCUGUCUAUGGUUUAGCCAAACAACACACUUACACACUAUUGAAUAAAAGGAAUUUUGGUGUCCACAGAAGAGUGAGUGAGUCCCUGAGGCCAGCUGUUACUGUCAGUUACAUCACCUGCAACCUGGUCUCUGGACUGAGAGAUGGUGCAACUUGCGGGUAGCUUUUAUCCACUGGAGAUACAUAGUGAUCCAGAAGCUUCUAAUACAUAAUGUUAAGAAAUACUAAGUUAUCCUUAAUUUCAUUUUGUAUCUACAUUUUUAGGGCCUGAAACCAAUGUUCAACUCCUUUUUUUUUUUCUUUUUUGGAUCAUACCUGGCGAUGCACAGGGGUUACGCCUGGCUCUGCACUCAGGAACCACUCCUGGCAGUGCUUAGGGGACCAUGCUGGGAAUCAAACCUGGUUUGGCUUCGUGCAAGGCAAAUGCCCUACCCGCUGUACUAUUGCUCCAGCCCCUCAACUACUAUUAAGCAUCACUGUAUCACUGUAUCACUGUCAUCCCAUUGUUCAUCUAUUUGCUCAUGCAGGCGCCAGUAAUGUCUCCAUUCAUCCCUGUUAUGUGCUAGUGUAGUGUGAUGGCGUAUUGGGGGCUCUCUCAGGAUCAGGGGAAUGAGGACCGUCGUUGUUACUGUUUUUGGCAUAUUGAGUACGCCACAGGUAGCUUGCCAGGCUCUGCCGUGUGGGCGGGAUACUCUCGGUAGCUUGCCGGGCUCCGAGAGGGCUUUUGGGGCGGCCUCUAAUCGCCUUUACAGAUGUUCUCAGUCUACCAAAUGUAAGCUUUUGGUCGACUGGCAUGUUGUAACGAUCUGCACUGACAAACACGCAUCUGCCUGCGUCUCUGGGCAGCACUUGGGACAUCUACAGCCUCAGGUUGAUCUCCUUGAGGUUGAUGGAGUGCGCCCAGAGGUAGCUGAGCAGCUUGCAGAGCAGGACCCUAUCACGGAGGGUCUGUACCAGGUCACCUGGUGGUUGGCUGACAGCACCCCACAGUGGAUGAGCCACAGCGCACAGUGCCACCACGGCUCUAUGUCCAUCAGCACUGUGACUCGGCCUGGCCGGGGAAGGCGGCGACGCUGCGGCCGCCGCUGUGGUUUCUCCAUGCCCUGACGACUCAUCAAGCAUCAAAAAGGAAAAUAAAGCAAGCAUUUUGUCUUGCGGGGGAGGGGGGUACACCCUGUGAUUGAUGGCCAGGGCUCUGUGCUCAGAAAUUACUCCUGGCAGUGCUCAGGAGGCCAUAUGGAAUGCCGGGGAUUGAACCUGGCUCAGCCGUGUGCAAGGGGAGUGCCUUACCCACUGUACUACCCAUAAAGCACGCAAUUUUUGACUUUUCAGAUAAAGCCAUGUUCGUGUCUCCAUGGCAUCUCAAUUCUUUUGGUUUGGGGGGCAUAUGUGGCAGUAAAGCCUGCACUCGGUUUGUUCAUGUGUACUCAGGCUUUUCUCAGUUAAUAGUGAACUUUUAUUUCUCAUAAUUACCUUGAGUAAAGGAAAGGUUCCCUCUGCCCUGCCCCCCAAGGAUAACAGGUUUUUUUGUUUUAUAUUUUGGUUUUUGGGUCACACCCAGUGAUACACAGGGGUUACUCCUGGCUCAUGCACUCAGGAAUCACUCCUGGUGGUGCUCUGGGACCACAUGGGAUACUGGGAAUCGAACGAGGUUGGCCACGUGCAAGGCAAACACCCUACCCACUGUGCUAUCGCUCCAGCUGUUUUUUUUUUUAAAUUACAUAAAUCAUGCAUUUGAUUUCAUUCAAAAUAAAUGUGUGAAAACAUAAUGAUCCCCUAGAAUUUUAAUACCUGUGAUAAACGCUGUUUGAGGACCACGCCUAGCAAUGCUGAGAGGUUAUUCCUGUGCUCAGAAAUAACUUCUGGGUGAGUGGGGCCAUAUGGAUGCUGGGGAUGGAACCCAGGUCAGCUGCAUGCAAGGCAGGCACCCUCCCCACUGUAGUCUCUCUCUAGCCCCUGUGGUAAACAGUUUGAAAUGUAUCAACUGAACUCUUACUUUCCAGAGAGUCCUUCCCUGUGCCUCCAGUUUCAGUAAACCACAAAUUCUUGUGCAAGAUUAGGAAUGUUUAAAUGAAGCAGCAGCCUCUGGGGGCCUCACUAUUCUUUACAUACGCCCACCUUGAUGAGAGUCACCCUUUGAUCUUGGUCUGAGAAAGAUGCCUUUUGGCAGAAGAACAAGAAGAGAAUGUGCUUUGGGGACAUUAUUAAAGUCCCUAAAAAUGAAGUCAAACGAUUUAAACUCAGUCCCAGUCAGAAAUCUGAGUAUCAAAAGGUACAGACCGGACUGUGGUCAGAACAAAGAAGACAAUUGCGGCGCUCAGUCUUGCCAGCCAGGAUGGGACAAGGGCUCUGUGGUCUUGUGCAGGGCUGGCAAGGUAAGUCCCUCAAUUCAACCCCUGGCAUGGCAGAAUCAAUGUUUUGUUCGGAAGUCUGGGAUGAUGCCAGGUCAUCUCUGCAGCUCAGUUUCUUCAUCUUUCAAACAGACACGCUACUCUACAACUUCAGAAAUCAAUAGAACUAUAAAAUGGUAUCGGUGGGUCCACUUUUGUUCAUGAAAGUGAAAAUGCCAAACAGAGACACUGCAGGGCAGAGUCACAGGAACAUUAGCUAUAGCUUGUUACAGCUCACAGUUCAGAACUGGAAGGGUAAGACUAAGCGGCUGGGAGAAGGGAGGUAAAAAUUUACCAGAAGGGGAAAGGUGUCACCCCUCAACUCCUUUGAAUGCUGAUUACUGUUUUACUCUGAAACUAGUCCUGGAACUACCUUCAAGUGAAAUCUUAAUUCUUUUUUUUUUUUUUUUUGGUUUUUGCUUUUUGGGUCACACCCGGCGAUGCACAGGGGUUACUCCUGGCUCUGCACUCAGGAGUCACCCCUGGCGGUGCUCAGAGGACCAUAUGGGAUGCUGGGAAUUGAACCCGGGUUGACUGCGUGCAAGGCAAACGCCCUACCUGCUGUGCUAUUGCUCCAGCCCCUGAAAUCUUAAUUCUUAGGGGAAGAAUUUCUGGCCGUUGGCUUAACACCAACUUUCUCUUGCUCCUAGGCUCAGAACUAGAGAACAUUUCCUGGUCUCAGUGCAGUGAGGUGUGGUCAUAUUCACUAAUGGAAUGUGAAUAAAAAGUGACAAAGGGCUGUUUUUCUGACCACAGCUUUUAAACCUGCUUUCCUCCUGGCAUGGAUUAUAAAUAACUAAGACUCAGCCAGGAUAACUCUUAAUAGGUUCCAAGUGAGGGAAUUAAGCCCUAAUGCUCUGAAACAUUCAUUAUAUGCAGUGAAUUAAAAAACAGACACUUAAAUCUUUUGGGGAGGAGGAAUGGGGAGAUGUUUUGUUUUGUUACUAUAUCAGGUGAUGCUCGGGCUAUACCAGGCCUGGUCUGACCCUGCAGUGCUCCAGUUCCAUGCAAUGCCAGGAAUUGAACGUGCGCCUCCUGCAUGCAAAGAAUGCUCCCGGCCCACUGAGCUAUCUCUCCAGCCCACUGAAAUUAUUUUUAGGAAGCUUAUUUCUCUAGAGAAGUCAAGGUGAGAAUGUUGACCUUGAGGAUGAGACAACUACAAGAUCAAAAGAACACAAUUCCCUGCAGCUGGAGCAAUAGUACAGGGUUUCCCUUGCACACGGCCGACCUGGGUUCAAAUCCCAGCAUCCCAUAUGGUUCCCCGAGCACCGUCAGCCAGGAUUCUUUUUUUUUUCUUUUUGCGCUUUUUGGGUCACACCUGGCAACGCACAGGGGUUACUCCUGGCUCAUGCACUCAGGAAUUACUCCUGGCGGUGUUCAGGGGACCAUAUAGGAUGCUGGGAAUCGAACCCUGGUCGGCCUCGUGCAGGGCAAACGCCCUACCUGCUGUGCUAUCACUCCAGCCCCCACCGCCAGGAUUCUUGAGUGCAAAGCCAGGAGUGACCCCUUUGAAUCACCAGGUGUGACUCCCCCCCACCAAAAAAAAUACGAUUUUUUUGGAGUAACCAUAAAUUCUGGCAAACCUGAGUAACCAUAAAUUCUGGCAAAAAAUUAAUGAAUCCCAAAGUCUAAGGCCCACUGGUUUUAGUAGUUAAUGCUACUCCAACUAAUACAUCACUGUAUAUUCAGUCUCCCUUAACAAAUCAGUUGUUUACACACCCUCUCAGUGAUUUAAAAAAAAAAGCAUCCAUAUCAAAUAUCCAUUUUUAUUCUUCUCCACAUACUAUCAACGGGUUACUCAGUUUUGACAGGAAUAUAUAUAUGUAUAUAUAUUACAAUCAGUUAAUUCAAAGUGCAACAUUUUUAAAUGCUAAUAAAAAAUAUUUCAAAUUUACAAAAUUAAUUACAAUUUCAAGGGAAAAAAAGAUGUACUAUACACCAACUUUACAUACAUACAGAAAAACAACUUUGAGGCUCUAAUGUUUAAAACUGCCUUUCUUUUUACCCUGCUAGUACCGAUUUACAAUAACAAGUGAAUACACUUUCUCAUGCACUGCUCUGUCUUCCGUUCCUUCAACUCACCACCUUGUUGUUUUCAUUUUCCGUUUCCAUCCCUGGCUUCAA